CCAAGUGUCGCAAUUCCGGCUGAAGAAUAAACCAGAAGAACUCGCUCGGAACAGGGCGCAGUUGCGUCCAUAAUUGCUUCUUCCACCCUACGCAAGAGCACUACUUAGGGUCUAAAAAUAAUGGCUUCAGCGCGCUACCUAGUUCACUCGGUAUCACCGGGAACGCGAUUCGCGACGUGAACGCUGCCUUUGCCUCGGUAUUGGGGCGCGCACAGUAUGCUGGGAAUGCGCGUUCCCGAGACGAACGGUCAUCUUUAAACCCCAGAGAGAGUCCGCUUCCGUUUAGCGCCACGACUCCGAGCGGCGGAUCCGCACUAAGCCUUUGCGCUCUACGGCGCUCCCGGCUCGGGCUUCACACACCGUCAGACAGGCCGUAUUGUUUAGAUGACAUGUUAUGGAUGGUGUUUAACAGAAAAUUUGUUGCGACAGAAACACAGACUGGGGGAAGAAAAAACACCACCCCGACCGCACCAAGUGAAGGAAGGCGUUGUUAUUAGCCUGCUAGCUAAGUUAGCUCUCGUGAUUAGCUUCUGAGCUAAAAGGUUUGUUCUCUGGGUAUAUUUGUUGAUCUGCUUCCCCGCGGAUUCGCUUCGGACUCGGGGUUUUUGUCACUACAUCGCCUCCCGUCCUGUGCGCUUUUUUCUUUUAUUUUUUAAUCCGGAGAUGAGCGCAAGAUGUCGGUUUCGGGACUGAAGGCCGAGCUGAAGUUUCUCGAGUCCAUUUUCGACACGAACCACGAGCGCUUCAGGAUCAUCGACUGGAAGCCCGAUGAGCUGAGCUGCCAGUUCAACGUGACCGGAGAGAAGCUGCUCAUCAUCCACUGCAACAUCACGGAAUCCUAUCCUUCAACGCCUCCGUUAUGGUUUGUGGACUCCGAUGACCCAAGUCUGACCCAAAUAUUGGAACGCCUGGAGGAUGUAAGAAAAGGCAAUACUCUGCUCCUGCAGCAGCUGAAGAGGCUGAUCUGUGACCUGUGUAGGCUGUAUAAUCUACCUCAGCAUCCUGAUGUAGAGAUGCUGGAUCAGCCUCUCCCCGCUGGCCCUGUCAACCAAGAAAGAAAGCAUGGUACCACAGAUGAAGUAACUUCGGAGGAGGAAGAGGAAGAAGACAUGGGAGAGGACAUAGAAGAGCUCGACCAUUAUGAGAUGAAAGAGGAAGAGCCGGUAGACGGAAAGAAGUCAGAGGAUGACGGCAUAGAGAAAGAGAACCUGGCCAUCCUCGAGAAGAUCCGCAAGAACCAGAGGCAGGACCACUUGAACGUAAGUGCUCAUUCGGGAGCCGUGUCCGGCUCCGUCCAAGCCUCCGAUCGUUUAAUGAAGGAACUCCGUGAGAUUUACCGAUCUCAAAGUUAUAAAUCAGGUAUCUAUUCGGUGGAGCUCGUUAACGAUAGCCUGUACGAGUGGCACGUCAAGCUAAGAACAGUUGAUCCAGACAGCCCUCUACACAGUGACCUUCAAGUGCUGAAAGAGAAGGAGGGCAUGGACUACAUCCUUCUCAAUUUCUCAUACAAAGACAACUUUCCCUUUGAUCCGCCGUUUGUACGAGUCGUUUCUCCUGUUCUUUCUGGAGGUUACGUCCUCGGAGGAGGGGCCCUGUGCAUGGAACUACUCACCAAGCAGGGCUGGAGCAGUGCCUAUUCUAUCGAGUCUGUCAUCAUGCAGAUUAACGCCACUUUAGUCAAAGGAAAAGCCAGAGUGCAAUUUGGAGCCAAUAAGAACCAAUACAAUCUUGCCAGAGCACAGCAGUCCUAUAAAUCACUGGUGCAGAUCCAUGAAAAGAAUGGCUGGUACACACCACCAAAAGAAGACGGAUAAGAAAAGCGAAACCAGUCUCUUCGUUCAAACAAGGACAGAAUGUUUCGGAGUCAACAGCUGUUCUUCUUUUUCCUUUAUUUUUUUUUUUUUCCUUCCCUCCUUUUCCUUUCUCAUCGUCUUGCUAGUUGAAGAUUCACCAUUUCUGGAUUAUAGACUUCUGAACUGAGUUGAGCUUGGAGAGUUGACUGGUCAACCAGAUUCCUCUGCCAUAGUUCCCUACACGUCACUGCUCAUUCCCUCCCAUUAGUUCUCCGUUCUUCCUGCUUUCUCUUCGGCUGUUUGGUUCACAGAGCGGAAUUGAACACUGCAGAUUUUUCCACAGCGAUGCCCGUGACCUCUUGCUACGUGGACGGGACGUCCCACAACCGGAGUCAUCCUGCAUAAACGCCAAGGUUCCUACACAACAGCAGGCUUUCGGAUAUCAGCGCUUACCCGACACCUCCCUUCGUUUCUCUAAGACGUGAACACGUGAACAUUGCGGAGAAAAAGGAAACUGGAGAGACUAGGUCGGGUGGAGGAGACUUAAGUGUUCAACACUUGUAAUGAAGAACCCACAUUUGUUCGUGUUUUUUUUUUUUUUUUUUUUUUUUUUUAAGAUGGAGGUUAAAUGCCAUUACAACUCCAUCCUUAUGUUCUCUUCUAAAUUUUUUUUUUCCUCCCCCCUGGUCACACCAAGAAUAUUUACCAGGCACGAUGGACUAGUUCACUGUAAAGUCAUGGGAAUGAUUUCCACCUGUAAGUAAACUUAAAAAGACGUAUCGCAGAGAUUUGGAUUUCGGACAGGGCCGGAUCGAUUUGAAACAUGCCCACGAGACUUGCGUCCGAAGAUCAAUCUCGCAAAUAGAAUAAGGAUAAAUUACUUAAUGGAUGUCCUCAUGUUGACAAAAGGAAUAUCUUUAAACAUGUUUUUAUGUACACAUGACUACUGCUGUUUUUUUUUUUUUUUUUUCCCCAUGUGAAAAUGGAAGUGAUGUGUGGCUUUUAUGCUGUCAUCAACUCUGCAGUUGUGAUCAUUCCUCUUUAACCAGUGUGAUUCCUGCUGUGUUUAUUACAUCAACGCUGUUAUGUAAAAUCUAAUUGUUUAUUUUUUUUAACCCCUCGUCAACUCGGGCACAUAGCAAGGUUGAAGUGUUAAGCAGUCAGUAAGAUUAUAAGUUCACAAACUAAUCAAAAAAUCGUAUUUUGGAAAGCUUAUUUAUGAUGCCCUGUUCCAUUUCUGUGGGGAGAAAAUCUGUAACACGACCAUUAUUGCCUUAAAACUCCCCUUUUAACAUCACCAUCCUUCCUGUUCCUGGUUUACGACUUCUCUCCUCAAAUCUUCAUCUUCCUAAUCUCCACACGGUCAGCUGCUUCAUAGUGUUGAUCAGGUGAUGGGUUUCGGACUUUUGGGUGAAAUCUUGCCACCCUGUUACAUCAGUACUCUUUUACACAUCCUGCAAAGGUUUGUUUGUUUUUGUUUGUUUGUUUUAAGGGGACAUUAUUUAAGACUCACGUUUCUCCUUACCAGAAAUCACCAUGUGAUCCACCUGGACAUUUUUCUUUUCCCCCUCUUCCUUUUUAUCCAUGGUUCAGAUUGCCUUCCUUAUCUUUUUUUUUUUUUUUGGUUUUAUUUGCAGCAUUAAAUAGCCAAUUGUUACUGUUGAUCGGUGGCUUAUCGAAGUUGAAACCAAGGCUCAUUUUAUUGUUAUUGGGGGGAUUAAGGAGGCUGGGUCGGGAAGAGGAUGCAAUAUUAAUGAGCUCUGCAGCACGCUGAAGUCGCAAGGGUGCAGUGUUUAUUUAUAGCGAAACCUCAAGUCAUUAACCUGUCCGGAAGAAAAUCCACCCGAACGACUUAAUGCGAUCUUCAAAGUCGUGCGGGAUUUUUUUUUUCUCCCCCAAACAGAAUUCUGAGUAUUUUCCUUUAUUGAUGCGUCGCUUAACAAUUUCCAACCCUGAUGGUGUUGAAUAUCUGCGAUGCGGCAGCGCUGUUUUUUUUUUUUUUAAUCUAUCCAGCUGUUUAACCAGAGCAUCUGCUCAAGCAGAGUCCAGAUCCUGUCAUUAAGCGUCAUUAAGCCGCAUUGCUUCGUCAGAUUCGGGGCCGGAGUUUGCACAGUCUCCAUCACUUCCAGGCCGGAUAGCUUCGCUGGAAAAUGGUAAGAUACUAACUUUUUUUUUUUUUUUUUUUUAGGAGCAAAGAAAAGGAAAAUUAAAACCAACAACAUUCCCCGGGGAAGUAUUUUGAAAUUAACGUGUGUUUAAAGGUGGAGUUUUCUUUUACAUCCCCAUGUGAUUUUUAAUAUCAGGGAGUGUUAACUUCAUGGAAUAGCUAAAGAUCUUUCAUCCCAUCCUGCAGUAAUGUAUUAAAGUCCAGCUUAGUUUCCUGUUUUUAAAUCCGAUUCUCUCUCAGCGUGCUCCUGGAUUUAUGAUGAGCACUCUGAAGGUCCCCCAGCCUGUUCGACACUCGUGAAAGAUCUUGGUGGGGAGGAUGAGAGCACAGACCAGGGAUGUGUUUUAGUAAGAGGAUUGGAUCGGCUCGUAUCGCCGCAGUCUCUCAGGCUUGUUUACUCAAGUUCACUUGGGUGUGUCGCUGAGAUCGAGAGCAGCAGGUGACGUGAAAGUGAUAAACCCUUGACACAUCUGGAUUUUUUUUUUUUUUUUGGCAGAGGCCGACCGGUUUAUUCAUCCCCCCCCCUCAAAACACGCUUCUGCUGCCCGAGUUACAUCUGUGCACGGGGAAGAAAGACAUGGUCCACAUGGGAAUCACUACAGUGUGAACAGGGCAUUUUGUUACAGCGACGUUAUUUAACCGUAUUGGCCGAGCGGAACCCUGAUAUCUGAUUAAGAAUAUAUGGAGAAAGGUAUACAAAAACGCCCAGAGAGAACGCUUAACCUUAAUUAAGGGCAGGUUGUGUGGUGAUCGAACCUUCACUUGAGCAGUUCUUGAUUGGUUUAUGAUGGGGGGGGGGUUAUGCACUGUUAGCAUGCAUUGGUUUUAUUUUUUGCUUUUUUUUUUUCUUCCGUUUUUCCAUUGUGUAAUUUUGACCUUGUACAUACAAUUUGUAAACUUGCAUCAAGUUUAUGAAUAAAGAAUUUUAAGAAAUA